AUGUCGGACAAUUAUUCGUUUUCGUUGCGUAAAUACAAGCUUGUCUUUUUGGGAGAACAAUCCGUUGGCAAAACUUCUUUAAUCACCCGGUUUAUGUAUGAUCAGUUUGACAACACCUAUCAGGCUACAAUUGGGAUUGAUUUUUUAAGUAAAACGAUGUAUUUGGAAGAUCGCACUGUUCGUCUUCAACUGUGGGAUACCGCUGGCCAAGAAAGAUUUCGUUCUUUAAUUCCUUCCUAUAUUCGAGACUCUUCGGUUGCUAUUAUAGUUUACGAUAUUACGAACCAUAACUCCUUUGUGAAUACUGAAAAAUGGAUUGAAGAUGUACGGGCCGAACGGGGUGACGAUGUGAUUAUUGUACUUGUUGGAAACAAAACAGAUUUGUCAGAUAAAAGGCAAGUUAGCCAAGAAGAAGGCGAAAAAAAAGCUAGUGAAUUAAAAAUCAUGCAUAUGGAGACUAGUGCCAAAGCUGGUUAUAACGUGAAACAACUUUUCCGAAAAAUUGCUCAAAUGCUUCCUGGAAUGGAGAAUGUCGAAACUCAGAGUACCCAAUUAAUUGACGUAAGUAUCCAGCCAAACGAAAACGAAAGUGGAUGCAAUUGCUGA